AUGUCCAAGGUCACACAUAGAGCCAAGGGUAAAAUCCCAUCAAAUGAUUCGACUCCCGGCCAAAGAAAGACGGAUGAAACACAGCCGCAACCGGAAAAUAGUCCCGGAUCUACCUUCAAAGAGUUGGUUGCGUUGCUUUCUUUUGCCAAUAUCCUCCUCGCUCAUCCAUUGGAGACGUGUCGAUUGCUCGCUUUGGGCAUUCAUCAGUUUGGACGCCAGCUUUUUGGAUAUGGCUUUCGGCCAGAGCGUGAUGUUAUAGACCAGUCCGGGAAGGUCAUUUUGAUUACGGGAGGGAAUAUCGGGCUUGGAAGGGAAACGGUCCGCGAGUUAGCAAAGCACCGUCCCGCAAGAAUAUACCUGGCUGCUCGAAAUGGACAAACGGCACAGAAAGCCAUCGCAGCUAUCAAAUCAGAGCUAACGCAACCAGUGGACAUUCGACAUAUACCUUUGGACCUGUCGUCAUUUACAUCUGUCCGGGAAGCAGCUAGAUUAUUCACCGCGGAAUGUGACCGUCUGGAUACCCUCAUCCUCAACGCAGGAGUAAUGGGCCAGGACCCUUAUUCGACCGAAGAUGGAUACGAGAUCCAAUUCGGUACAAACUACAUGGGCCACUUCCUACUAACAUCGCUAUUGAUACCGACACUCAGAGAAACCGCAUCUAAACCCGGAUCGGAUGUGCGUAUCUUGUCUGUCUCGUCCAUAGGCUGGCAGAUGGCCCCAUCCUCGCCGUCAGCACUACUAUGGCUCAUGACUUCAACGGACGAGCUAUUAAAAUGCAAUAGGUGGACCAGGUACGGGAUCUCCAAGGCAGCCAAUAUCCUCCUGGCAUCCGAGCUGGCAAGACGGUACCCAGAUAUCAUGAGCGUCUCGGUGCAUCCUGGGAUCAUUCUGACAGCCUUGUACGACCAGGGCAAGGCAUCGACUUUCGUGAUCAAACAUGGCCUGGGUCUGAUUAAGCCCUUUGCUUCCAGCGAGAAGAAUGGAGCAUGCAACCAUCUAUGGGCUGCUGGGUGUGAGAGGAGUCAGCUGCGCAAUGGAGAGUACUAUACGCCAGUCGGCAUCCAGGCGUGGGAGAACCAGCUUGUCCAUGACGAGGGUACCUCACGGCGACUGUGGGAGUGGUCGGAGGAGCAGGUCGCCGAAAGAUGA